AUGCGACUUCUCUGUCUCCAUGGAGGCGGUACAAACAAUCGAAUUUUUGAGUUGCAAACCGCAGCCUUGCGUUAUGAACUCGGCUCAAAAUAUAGUUUCGAAUUCGUGGAAGGCUCUAUCCUGGCCCCAAUAGCAAAAGAUGCUGAUUCAUUGGCUGCAGCCGAUGAUGAGUAUUUUGCUUACUUCCAUCCCCUUCAACCAGAGACGCUUCAGACUGCGCUUCAAGAGCUCCAUGUUUACUUAGUCGAAGAAGGACCAUUCGAUGGUGUCAUUGCCUUUUCCCAAGGCUGCGGGCUGGCAGCGUCAUACAUGAUGCAGCACCACACAGAUAUAAAGGUGCCGUUAUGGAAAUUUGCCAUACUAUUUUCCGGAGAGCCAGGCGAGUUCGUGGGUGACAGAGGAAAGGGAGAAGAUACAGACGCCAUUAUUACCAUUCCUACUCUGCAUAUAUGGGGUGCUAGAGACACGACAAAUCCAACUAGAAACGUUCUUUUAGAUAGGCAGUGUUGCGGCAGAUCAAAGUCAAGUUUUGUGCAUCAAGGAGGGCAUGAAGUCCCGAGUUCUAGCAAGGACGUAACGGAGAUUGCACAUCUGAUCCGACGCCUUUGCUAG